CUAACUUGUGGGCACUUCACGGGCAACGCUCAGAUCUCAGAACCGGCCUCCUACAUGUGGCUCCUCCGCAUCAGACACCGGAGACGUCUGGAGCCAACUCCGUGCGGUUAAGACUGUAAGGGCUCCCGGCAAAAGCAAGGAAAUGUAGAAGACAGAAGAAGCAAAUUGCCAGCAGGAGAUGCGUCCUAAGACCACUGAGCUUUUGUUACCUGGUUCUCAACUGCACAGACCAGCUACCGACCUGACCACACACCACAAUUAACCACUGGGAUCUCCUAGGAGAACCGAAGUGAAGAGUAACAGCAUGGCCUCGGCGGGUGUCCAGCUCCUCGCUUUCGUCCUGGCCUUGUCUGGGGUCUCGGGGGUCCUCACCGCCACUCUGCUGCCCACCUGGAAGGUUACUGCAGCUCUGGGCUCCAGCAUUGUGACCGCCAUUGUACAGGUGCACGGGCUGUGGAUGGACUGCACGUGGUACAGCACUGGGAUGUUCAGCUGCUCUCUGAAAUACUCCAUCCUGUCUCUACCCAUCCACGUGCAGACCGCCAGGGCCACCAUGGUCCUGGCCUGCGUUCUGUCUGCUCUGGGGAUUUGCACUUCGGUAGUAGGAAUGAAAUGCACUCACUUAGGAGGGGACACACACACCAAGAGUCAAAUUGCUUUUGCUGGAGGAAUCUGCUUCAUGACUGCAGGGAUCUCUGGCUUAAUCCCAACAGUGUGGUACACCAAGGAGAUCGUAGAAAACUUUCUAGAUCUGACUGUUCCGAAAAGCAACAAGUAUGAACCUGGAGGAGCCGUCUACAUUGGGUUCAUUUCGGCGAUGCUACUACUUAUCUCUGGUGUUAUUUUCUGCAUUUCUUAUGUAAAAAAGAACCCAAAACCAUGGAUCUACCCUCCCAAGCAGGAACAUACCUCUACCUGGCAGCCAGAGAAGAGGUUAGCUUACAACUUAAAGAAUUACGUGUAAAGAGCUGUGCAAUGAACAUGCAGUGAGGCUUCUGGGACCUGCUAAAACUUUAUCAGAAUGAAGAAAACAAAACACUCUUAUGCUUAACUUCCUUUACAAAGAGUACAAAAUAUCAGAAAAAUUGUGAGGUACUUUAAAAUGCCAUCUACAAUUAUAUCUGUCUUGAAUUUCUUUA